AAAGAGAGAGAAAAUAAACAUAAUGUUAGAGUUGAUGAUCUUAAUAGAGAAAGGUCAAAAUGUCGAUUAACGUGGCUUAUAGAAAUAGGUCACUCACAAUUUUUUGUUAGUUUAUGAAAUUUUCGCGAAGGGCAGAGUCCUCCUCAGCGGUGCAAAAUUUUUAGAUUUCGUUAACGGCGGACGGGGUAAAUAGAUAUACGGUUUCGCUUUCGAACUGAUAUCGUCCUUAGGUUGAACGAAAGAAAAUUCCUUCGGAAGAAUAUGGAGGACGAAGCGGAGAUAUACGAUGGCAUCAGAGCUCAAUUCCCUCUCACAUUCGGCAAGCAAUCGAAAGCGCAAACCCCUCUCGAAGCCAUCCACAAUACCACUCGUCGUAACACUUCUGUGAGCAUUCCAGAGAAAUCUUCUUCCUCACAGAAUGACAAUGCCCUUCCUUCUAUCUCUUCCUCCUCCAAAGCCUGGCUCAAUUCACUUCGCACUUCCAAAACCCUUAACCCACCUGUUAUGAACGACUCUGGGCCUAGUGGGAUCACGCGUGACAGUGAUGGUCCCAAGAUUGGUCCGCCACGCCCGCCCAUUGAGUCGAAAUUGAAUGAAGAUGACGAUGAUGAUGUAAUUAUUGGGCCUCCGCUACCGCCGCCGGCUGGUGAGGGUUCAGAUGACGACGAAGAUGACGAUGGUGAAAUGAUUGGACCACCACCUCCGCCGCCGAGAUCGAAUCUGGAGGAUUCGGAUGUGGAGGAGGAAGAAUAUGAGGAGAAUCGGUUUCGAAUUCCGCAGAGCAACGAGAUCGUGCUCAAGGGCCAUACUAAGGUAGUUUCUGCUCUUGCUGUUGACCACACUGGAUCUAGAGUUCUUUCUGGUAGUUAUGACUAUACAGUACGAAUGUAUGACUUUCAAGGGAUGAAUUCUCGUUUGCAAUCCUUCAGACAGUUGGAACCAUUUGAAGGUCAUCAAAUUCGUAAUCUUAGUUGGAGUCCAACAGCUGACCGCUUUUUGUGUGUGACAGGCUCAGCUCAAGCCAAGAUUUAUGAUCGUGAUGGACUUACUUUAGGAGAGUUUAUGAAGGGAGAUAUGUAUAUACGUGACCUGAAGAACACUAAAGGGCACAUAUCUGGACUGACUUGUGGAGAGUGGCACCCUAAAACUAAAGAGACAAUUUUGACAUCAUCUGAAGACGGAUCUCUGCGAAUAUGGGAUGUAAAUGACUUCAAGAGUCAAAAGCAGGUUAUCAAACCAAAGUUGGCUAGGCCGGGAAGAAUUCCUGUGACAACAUGUGCUUGGGAUCGCGAAGGAAAAAGCAUUGCAGGUGGCAUAGGCGAUGGUUCUAUUCAGAUAUGGAAUCUUAAGCCUGGAUGGGGAAGUAGGCCUGACAUACACGUUGAAAAUAGUCAUUCAGAUGACAUUACUGCUCUUAAGUUUUCAAGUGAUGGGAAAAUUUUACUGUCCCGAAGCUUUGAUGGUUCGCUGAAGGUUUGGGAUCUGCGCCAGAUGAAAAAACCUCUCAAGGUGUUUGAUGAUCUCCCAAAUAACUAUGCCCAAACAAAUAUUGCAUUUAGUCCUGAUGAGCAACUCUUUCUGACUGGAACAUCUGUCGAGAAAGAUAGCCAAACGGGGGGUCUGCUCUGCUUCUACGACAGAACAAAGCUGGAACUUGUUUCUAGGGUAGGAAUAUCCCCUACUUCUAGUGUUGUGCAGUGUGCUUGGCACCCAAAGCUGAAUCAGAUAUUUGCUACUUCUGGAGAUAAAAGCCAGGGAGGAACGCAUGUACUGUAUGAUCCAACACUAAGUGAGAGAGGAGCUCUUGUGUGUGUCGCACGUGCACCAAGGAAAAAAUCUGUUGAUGAUUUUGAGGCUAAACCUGUUAUUCACAACCCACAUGCCCUACCAUUAUUUAGAGAUGCACCAAGCCGAAAGCGCCAGCGAGAGAAGAUACUCAAGGACCCACUCAAGUCUCACAAACCCGAACUCCCGAUUAACGGACCAGGCUUUGGUGGAAGGGUUGGUACAAGUCAAGGAAGUUUACUAACCCAGUAUCUUAUGAAGCAAGGAGGUUUGAUUAAGGAGACAUGGAUGGAAGAAGAUCCAAGAGAAGCUAUUCUGAAGUAUGCUGAUGUUGCAGCAAAUGAUCCAAAAUACAUUGCACCGGCGUAUUCACAUACUCAGCCAGAACCUGUUUUCGCAAAGUCUGAUUCUGAGGAGGAAGAUAAAUGAUCAAUCACAUGCAAUUGUUGUGCUGUUUAGCUUUGCUGGCCGUCAUGGUUGAGAUAAAAAAUUGGAGACGGACAAAUAGGGGACGGGAAGACCAAGCUGCAGAUCCUUCGGCCAUGCCAAAGUGGUGGGAGUUUUGGCAGUCUCAAGUUCGAUUUGAUAUAGUAUAGCAGGCUACUUGUUAACCAGUAAGAAUUUAGGUCCGGAAAGAUAUAGCGUUGUACCAUUCUUUUUGUUAGAUAUGAGUAUACCCUUGCCUUGUGUAUAUUAUUUGUGCAAUACUCUUGCUGUAGUUCCAGCUAACUUUACUGUUGAUAACUUGAAAUUGGAGUUGUUCUUUA